AUGUUAUGGGGAGAAAUUACAACGUUAGAAAAUACAUUUUCUCCAUCUCUUUUUCUUGCAAGCAAUGUAUUACAUGACAACGCAAAUUUAAUUGCGGGAUUUAUAACUGGUUUAAGGUUGUUUUACUUACAUAAAAGAAUAAUUUGUCCCACUUUUAUGUUUACGCUACAAGAAUAUUAUGUUGCUUUCUUUAGUUAUUGA